AGCCCGGGCUCCCUGCUGAUGCUGAAGGCCACCACAGCCCUGCUUCUGACCCUGAAGCCAAUACCUCUGCCUUAGAGUCAGCUCUGCCCUGGGAAACUGCUGAUGAAGCUGGAGCUGGAAGGAAAGAGGAAGCCCCUGAAGAAGCAAGUGCUCUCCCUGAAGAAAGAAAAGGCCUCUCUGGAGGAAAAGCAGCAGGAACUCAAGGAGGGAGAUGGUGUAGGAGGGCAAGAGGCAGAGCCCAGCUCUGAAGAAGAAAGAGGAGGACCCCCAGAGGAAAAGCAGCUUAUUGAGGGAGAUAGUUCAGAAAGGGAAGGGGGUGGAUCUAGUGGGGAGGCUGUGACUGAGGGAGGCUCAGAAUCUUCUAGUACAGGAGAGGCUGGAGGCCCAGAUGCAGAGGGAGGGGAGGCCGCUGAAGAGAUAGGCGAUGCCUCAGGAGAAGAGGGAAUAGCAGCAGCAGAACCUGAAUCCUCUCCCAUCUCAGAGCAUGAUGGUGGCCAGGAUCCUAUGGGAGAAAAUGGAGACCGAGAGUCUAGAGAGGCCCCAGGAAACAAGGAGACAGAAGUGAUAUGGGAAAAUGAGUUACCCAAGGUUGAGGCUGAUGCAGAAGGGCCUAAGCAAGAGCAAGAGCUGGAGGCUGGGACAGAAGAAGAGCCUGAGGUCCAGGGAGAAUCCCAGGAAACCUUGGAGGAAGAUCAGAACCUAGAGAGCUCAGCCCCAGCCGAGGCCAGUGGCAGGGCAGAAGACACUGACAGCUCUGGCGCAGGGAAGGAGGCUGAGGUGCUCUCUCCUGAAGGCCAAACUUCACUAGUAACCAACCAGGAGCUGGAGGAGGUAUCCUCUGAAGAACAAGGAGAAGAGGAAGAGGAAGGAUCACAGUCUGAAGAAGAUGCUGGGGAAGUGAGCUCAGAAGAAGAAGGGGAGGAUUCUGAAGAAGCUAUGGCCUCCCAGGAAGAGCCAGGAGCCCUGAGUCACGAGGAUGAAGAAGCCAAAUUGAGUUCAGAGGAGGCAGCCUCAGCUCCUGAAGACUCAGAAGUCCCAGGUUCCCCAGAAGAGGCAGAGGAUGUAAGUGAAGCACCUAUAAGGGACCGUUCUCAUAUAGAGGAAACCCUGAUGCUGAAGGAGUACAAGCCAUCUGAUGACUUUUCAGGGGUGUUGCAGCGAUUGAGAAAGAUCUACCACUCUUCCAUCAAACCUCUGGAACAAUCCUACAAGUACAAUGAACUGAGGCAGCAUGAGAUUACGGAUGGGGAGAUCACUUCCAAACCAAUGGUACUUUUUCUGGGACCGUGGAGUGUUGGCAAAUCUACCAUGAUAAAUUAUCUCCUUGGGCUCGAAGACACUCGUUACCAGCUUUACACAGGUGCUGAGCCCACCACUUCUGAGUUCACAGUCCUCAUGCAUGGCCCUAAGCUGAAAACCAUUGAGGGUAUCGUCAUGGCUGCUGACAGUGCUCGUUCCUUCUCACCCCUUGAAAAGUUUGGGCAGAACUUCCUGGAGAAGCUGAUUGGCAUUGAAGUCCCUCACAAGCUUUUGGAGAGGGUCACUUUUGUGGACACACCGGGUAUCAUUGAAAACCGCAAGCAGCAAGAGCGAGGUUACCCAUUCAAUGAUGUGUGCCAGUGGUUCAUUGACAGAGCUGAUCUCAUCUUUGUCGUCUUUGACCCAACCAAACUAGAUGUGGGUCUGGAGCUGGAGAUGCUCUUUCGCCAACUAAAAGGCCGUGAAUCCCAGAUAAGAAUAAUCCUCAACAAAGCUGACAAUCUGGCCACCCAGAUGCUCAUGCGGGUUUAUGGUGCCCUCUUUUGGAGCUUGGCCCCUCUCAUUAACGUUACAGAACCCCCAAGAGUUUAUGUCAGCUCCUUUUGGCCCCAAGACUACAAGCCUGACACCCACCGGGACCUAUUCCUCAAAGAAGAAAUCUCUCUUUUGGAAGAUCUGAACCAGGUGAUUGAGAACAGGAUGGAGAAUAAGAUUGCCUUUAUCCGCCAGCACGCCAUCCGGGUACGCAUUCACGCUCUCUUAGUUGACCGCUAUUUGCAGACCUACAAGGACAAAAUGACCUUCUUUAGUGAUGGAGAGUUGGUCUUCAAGGACAUUGUGGAGGAUCCAGAUAAGUUCUACAUCUUCAAGACCAUUCUGGCAAAAACAAAUGUCAGCAAGUUUGACCUCCCCAAUCGUGAGGCCUAUAAGGACUUCUUUGGCAUCAACCCUAUCUCCAGUUUCAAACUUCUCUCUCAGCAGUGCUCCUACAUGGGAGGAUGCUUUCUGGACAAGAUUGAAAGGGCCAUCACCCAUGAGCUUCCCAGUCUUUUGGGAAGCAUUGGGUUGGGAAAGAAUCCAGGUGCUCUCAACUGCGACAAAACAGGGUGUGGUGAAACGCCAAAGAACCGCUAUAGGAAACCUUAAUGCUGUGGAGUUUAACUGGUUCUCGUGUUUCUAUUGGUGAAUGAGCUUGUGUCUUAUGUGUAUGAGAAGCCCCGGUUUAUUAACCCUUUGAGCCAAACUGGCAAGAGCUAUUGUACGAUGGAGGGCUUGGAGUUAAUGGAGGCCAAUUGUGGGGGAAUGUGCAAGGGCCUAGUAAAGAGAAUGGAAACUGUGAAUUAUAGACCUUUUUAUAUUUGCUAUUUCAAUUAGGAGGCCCCAUUUUCCCUAUAAGCAAAAGCAGAAAAAUGUAAAGUAGGGUAUAGUUGCUUUCCCUUGGCACUGACUUGGAGGGUCAGAGGACAUUUUGCAUACACUGAAAAAAAAAGUUGGGAUUAAAAUAUAAUAGAAGAAUUAAGAUUCCUUUCCCUGAAAAACUGGGGAGAGUGAGGAUAGGGGCUAGAGAAGGGGAUCCAGGACCAGAAACCUUUCCCCCAAGCCAACUCCAGGACUUGGCUUGUAGGUCAAAUACUGGUUUUAUUUGCUCUAUCCUGGCCUUUUCAUCAUCAGUCUUAAAAUUCAGAAGGAAUAUCAUCCUUUUUCUGGUAUCGAGAAGUAUAGAUAUCCAGUGACCAACUUUUGGGUUGGCUGUGAACAGGAAGAGGACAUUCAGGGUCUGACCCUUUAAGGAGUUUGAAUACAAGGAUUGAUUCCAUGUUCAAAACUAACUCCAGAACCUGUUAUAUUCUUCCUUUGGGCCCUUCAUUCACAGAGUUUUUGGGUACCUCAUGAGGGAAUAGGAAUUCCCCAGGAUAGUGGAGGAUUAGAUCAUCCCUUCUUCAGGGACAAAUUCCUUCUCAGUAUGGUCCACUGCCCAGGCCCACUGUGAAACCUAGUCUUUCUAUCAUGCUAAAGGAGAGAACAGGCAUUCAGUGUAUGCGAGUAGUUUGCUUCAUGCCAUUCUUGGGCUACCAGUCAAGUAAGGGCAUGAGCAGAGCUCAGAGGGUUAAUAGGUUUGCAGUGUGUCCUUGUCUAUUGCAUGUUUUGGAAGAGACAGCUAACUGAGGCCCAUAGGCCUCCAAGAGGAUGGCAGGGGUCAUGUUCCUUCUCCAUUAAGGACUUUUCUUUGGAAUUAUCUCUUGUAAGAUUUGGAGGAGACAAACUCCAUGCUCUAUCUGUGGGGCUGUUGGGGGAAGAGUGAUGUCUUCUGUGUGGUAGUUUCUCUGUCUUUCUUUUGUCCUGCCCUCCACACCUCCUGAUGUACCAACAUCCCGAAUUAGGAAUGAUUUCCUUUGACUUAGAAAGCACUCAGAGUCAGAACCAAUACCAGCUCUUCAUUCGUCUCAAUAGCAGCUUCUUGCUGAUGUCCAGUUACAGCCAGCAUAUGACAGUGCACGUGGGAAAGCCAUGGGCUAUGGAUAGAAAUGUGUGUAUAAAUCUCUGCGUGCAUGUGUGUGUGAUAAUGGACAUAAUCACGUAGUAGAGGUUGUAUAGACAGGCAUUUUUUUUUGUUGAGGAAAUACUGCCUGGUUGAUUGGCCCCAAGGACAUCAAGGGGCUGAGGUAGAGAGGAAGGCCAGCUCUCAGAGCAGAAGAAAGAAGCCUUUAGGUAAGAUAAUAUUUAGGGUGGUAAGAGAUGCAUGGAAAUGAUGGGGACCUGUCAUGUGGACCAUCCUGCAAAAACAAUGGGCCAGCCCUGAUACUGGGGCAGAUAGUGGGGUUUUCCCUGCCUCCAAGCCAGAGUUCACCUAUACCAGAGGGAAGAGGAGGGGAAAAAAGCUAUGCUGGGCCAGAAAGGGAAGGCAGAGAAGGUGAGACAAUGGAAGCAAUGUAGCAUAGUAGCUCUGGAGCCAGCUAAACUGGGUUCAAAUCCUGCUUUAGAUGCUGACCACCUGUGUGACCUUGAGCAAGUAAGUGACUUAACUUCCCUGGGUCUCAGCUUCUGUAGCUGGAAAUUUAGGAUGUUGGAGCGGAUGGCCUCUGAGGUCCCUUUUAGCUCCAGAUCUAUGAUCUGAGAGAACAGACAAGUGGUCUAGUUGGGAGAACAGCCACUGUGGGAGUGGCCCAUUCUCAAAGGGGUAUCUCAGUACUGGCUAUUGCUUUUGGCUUUUCCAGGGCUGGGGUGUGGGUAUGGGCAUAGUGAUGUAGAAAGGAGGUUGAAACUAUUCCAAAGAAAAUAACCCAUUUCUGAAGUCCCUAGGAACUUGGUUCCACACAAUUCCCCAGAAGCCAUCUGGUCAACCUACCUGGAGGCAAUAGUCUUAGGGUUGGAAUUGAGGGCAGGAGCUAAGAGACAGUGGGAGAAGGGCAGGGAAAAUGCCUGGUAGAGGGCAGACCAGAAAGGAGGUCCGUGCUCAGCCCCAAAUGGAUACAGCCAGCCAAAAAAAGCAGACAGGCCAACAUCUAGGGCCAUCCGGAGGGCCUGCUGUGGAAAGACAAAUGGUGACUCAGAACAAAGAGGAAGUUUGGAGUUAGCCCGAGAUUUUCUUCUCAUACUUCUUUAUUCUUGCCUCCUCCUUCCUCGAUGAGCCCUUUUCUUUUCUAGCUUAUGUUCACAGGUAACUUCCCAGCGUAACAGUUUUACUCACUAUGGAAGCUGAGGCAUAAAAAAGGCCGCUAGGCCUUGUCAUCGAUGUGAAUGUCACUGUUGUUCCCUUUUUUUUGGUAGAAUGGGGCUAAUCAUAAAUUCCUGCACUAUUUAUACUUCAAAGGGCUACGUGUCAAUGUAUUUUUACAUCUUUCUCCCUGCCCUACCUCCUGCCUUUUAUUUUUCCUUUAUUCCACUCUCUUCCUGUUCUUCUCCUUCAUUCUCUGUUUGUAUUCUAUCCCUCUGCUAUCAGGCCAUUUAAUCAGUCACUACAUAUUUAUGGAGCACUUAUUGGGUGCCUGGUAUUCUGCUAGGCCCUAGGGGGUGGGAGGAGGCUGGGCUUUAAACCAAGUUUUAACCCUUCUUUGGGUGUUGGGGUGUAGAGAAAUCCCUAAGUACCUCCUGAUACCCAGCUUCCAUCUAAACCUUGCCCCUUUGCAAUGCCCCUUCAAUUCGAUUCCGUAUAACACACAUUUAUUAAGCAGCUGCUAUUCACAAGGCACCUCUUCCUCCCUAUGGCAUGGGUUGUUAGUAGGACACAGAGUCAUACCAUUCUUAGAUCAUCUACAAAAUCUAUCUAUUUUAUUUGAUUUUUGUCUAAAGACCAGCCGGUUGACACGCUACUAGAGGAACUGAAACAAACGGAAGAAUAAGAGGAAGGCCUCCAGCUCACUGCAUGAAUCCUCUGAGGGGGAUUUAUAGAAAGGCAGUGAUGGGAGUCGUACAGGAUGAGAAGGCAUGGACAGGUUGUGAUUUGCAACCACCAUUCUCCAUAUAGAUGAGUACGUGGGAGCCACGGCUGGUUGCUGCUCUGCCGAUUACCUUCAGUAGAACACUUUAGCUGGCUGCUUAACGCCUCGUGUCUUCUGAUGACAGUCCAGGAGGGCUAUUAAUUUCCUUUUGAAAAAGGUGGUCUGGUUUGUCUAUUCCCGGUUGCUUGGGCAGAAGCUCAGUGAAUAGGCCCGGCUCUUAGCAGAGCUUUGAAUUCAGCAGUUUGUAUUUAACUUCCCUGCCCUCUCCUCCCCCGCCCCCACUCCACCUUCUUCCCUCUUGGUUCCGCCUUAUCUGUAUGACAAUUUUCCUGGCCUGGUUUUUUCCUAGCUAAUUCUCAGUAGAGUGUUAGCUGAUAUUUUUUAGGCGUUCCACUUCCUUGGGACAUUUGCGCUCUAGCAGCUUGAAAAAGCCUUCCAGACCAAAAGGAAUUAAUUUUUAAUGGUGGAAUUUUAGGCACUGUGACAGGUUGGGGAAGAGACUUCUGGGAAGAGUGCCUGCCCCAAAUACCUCAAAUCAUACCCACUAGGCAGUCAGCCCCUCUUCCUAGACUUAGGGUAAGCCCUUCUAGUGGUGACUGUGUGCAGCUGAGUUAGAAGUUCCUGCCUAUGGCGGUAACACUCACAGAUCUCAUUUCCCAUCACUGCCUCAGGAGGUAACCAUCCAGAGCCAUACUGCGAAGAGUCUGGCUUAACUAGUGUAUUUGAUUUUAAAGAAUUAGCCGGUGACCCAGUCCUAAAUUUUUUCAUCAGUGGUGUUUGGGGAAGAAUCCCGUUUUGCUCCAUCCUGAGAGAGACACUCAGAAAGCUGUAGAGGAAAAAACGUUGGAUUUGAGGUCAAAGGACCUGAGUUCAAAUCCUGGCUCUGCAACUUGCUCUUCGUGUAAACUUGGGCAAGUCACUUGACCUCGAGGGGACUCAGUUUCUUCGUCUAUAAAAUGAGGGGGGUGGAUUAGAUAGUCUCUAAGAUCCUUUUCAGCUUUAAAUCCUCUGAUCCGUGAUGGACUGGGGUAAAGUCAUAGCAUUUUACAGAUAUCGUGUAUGACAGCCACUUAAAUAAAAUUACUUAUUUGGCAAGCCCACUUGUGUCGUGCGUCUGUCUUUCCGGAAAGCAGGACCAGCACGUAAAAAAUGCAUGGGACAUGUGUGGCAAUCUUCAGGGCUAUUAGGAAGGUCUCUGCUUCUCUCCUCCUUCCCUCCUACCUCCCCUGACCAGAUACCUUCCUUCUUGCUGCCUGAAGGAAGCUGAGAGUGUUUAAGUGAUGUGCCUGAGGUCGCACCCCAAUUUAGGGGAAGAGCUAGGAUGAGGACCCAGGUUUCCUAGUUUCCAGGUAAUAGCUCAUUCGUUCACACAAACUACCUCUGGUUCAGCCUACGAUAUCAUUCUGCUGGGUUGUGUCCGCGAUCUUUUUUUAAAAGGCAAAUCCUCUUUAGGAAGGGAAUUUUAGACCCUUUCCUGAGAAUGUGUUUUGAUAGGAAAAGAGCAGCAGAACACUACUGCCGUGUGGCAGAGGGCCAGUGAAGUGGGGCUAGAACAGAACAAGGAUGUCAGGAGCUACAGGUAACUUUCUCAGGCCUUCCCAGUUUUCCUUGGUGCUGCGGGUGAGAAGGCGGCCACGUCCAAACUGCUGUAGCUCAGGAAGGAAGGAAAAUUGUACUUUUGUGGCUUUUUCUGGUUCUGGUAGGAGCCAUACUCUGGGCCCAGGGGAGGGAAGCAAAUAGCUCAGUAACAUAAUUGCAACUGCUACUCACCUAGUGAUACAGAACUCACAAAAUACUUGAUAUACCUUAUGGCAUCUGACCCUCAAGACAUACUAUGACAUAGGUGCUAGAGGUAUUAGGGUCCACAUUUUACAUUUGAAGAAACUAAGGCAUAAAACAGUUAGCGAUUUGCCCAUGACCUAGCUAGUAAGUAUCCAAGGCAGGAAAUGAGCCAGGGGUCUCUUGACUCUAACAUCUGCCCAUGUCCACAAUGCCACACUGCCUUUAUUAAUUGGCUAUUUGCUCAGGGAAUGGAUCAGUUUGAAUUUCCUGCUACCCUUUCCAGUUCUGAUCUUCCCACACGCCUAGGAGUGGUUCUCCAACUAUCUUGGCAGGGUUAAUACCCCUGCUUUUGACAGUCCUCUCUACCCUCCUCUACCAAGUGACAAAGCCUUCCUGUACGAGGAGACAGAAGACUCGUUGGAUGAGAUGCUAGGGAGCCCUGGAUUUGGAGUGUGAGGAUCUGUGCUGAUUUGAGCUCUUCCUUACCAGCUACAAGACCGAUGGGCAAACUUACGCUCACUGGGCCUUGGUUUCUUCAGUCUGUUGGUCCUUCUCAACUCUAAAAUCCUGUAAACAAUGAAGUUGGUGUCAAUUUUAUUAAGUAUUGUAAGUUGUGCCAGACUUUGCCAUCUUGUGAAUACCUACAGCCUCAUGAUCAGCAUCAGCUCAGACUCAUCCUCCUUAGAUGAAGCUAGGGAACUUGGAGCACCCUUCAGCGUAAUCGUCCUCUCUUUCAAUAACAAAUAAAGAAGCUGGAAAAUACAUUCUCCAAAGCAGAAAAAGCAAAAUCUGAUCGAAUUCUGCUCUUAGCCAGAGAAGGUGCCUGGCAGGCACAGCUGCGGGGGCAUCUGUAGGGGUGAUACAGGUAUAUGCAUGUGUGAUGCUGUGUAUGCAUUAUGAGUGAGAACAUGUGUGCUAGUGGAGGUGUGCGUGUUUCUGUAGUAGUGAGCAACAGGUAUAUGUGAGGUAUGUGUAGGGGGGCAAGGCAGUAUGUAGCUGUCUUUGUGGUGAUUGGGAGAAUUGGUAUAUGCGUGGGAUUAGGAGAAGGGAAAAUAUGCAUGGGUAUGUGAUACCAUUUUGGUAGGGGCAGGUCUGAGAGUAACCUUGUGCUCUAAGGCCUAUGCCAAGGCCAGGGCCUUCAUUCAGGAAAUAUUUGUCAAUAGUUUGGGAAUGAGGCUACUCCCGCCAAGGUAAAGGCCAUAAAAAGCCUGAUCUCCUGAGGAUGUUUGUUCAGUUGUGCCCAAUUCUCUGUGACCCUGUUUGGAGAUUUCUUGGCAGAGAUACUGGAGUGGUUUGCCAUUUCCUUCCCCAGCUCAUUUUCUAGAUGAAGGACUGAGGCAAGCAGGGGUCAGUGACUUGUCCAGAGUCACACAGCUAGUAAGUAUCUGAAGAUGAGCCUUCCUGACUCCACACGUGGUCCUCUAUCCACUACACCAGCUAGUUGAGGACGUUUUAUUUAAACACAAAUAUGUCCCUCAGUAAAUAUUUAUUUAAGGACAUGCCCCUGAGGGAUGGGGCUAGUAAUGUAUAUUUUUAAAAACAGUUCCCCUCCCAGUUUUUUUUUUUUUUGGAUUAAAGGGGCCAUCCCUUGACUCACUUCUUAGAGAGGCCUAUUCGCUGAAUGGGCGUUAGCUCACUCAAAAGUGAGAGCCUGGAAAGACCUUAGCCCAAAAGGGCCAGGGUCUCCCAUUGCAUCCUGGGCCAUCUCCAGUCAUCUUGAUGAAUAUCAGGCCACUGGACCCAGAUGGCCCUGGAGGAGAAAGUGAGGCUGGUGACCUUGCACAGCCCUCCCUCACUCAAGUCAAAGUCAACUGCAAGUCAUGUCAUCAUUUCCCUGACGUCAUGGUCCUCUUUGAAAACGAAGGACAAAUACAACAACUACAGUAAUGCUUUUUAAAAAGAUCUUUAGAUAGCAAUUAAUAGGCCUAGACCAAACAAAAUAUGUAAAAUAUGGGAAAAUGUUGAGAAGGUGGGGGUGCAGAGAAGUUUGGAGUGGAAACAGGUUUUUUCUAGAACUCCCUCCUGCUCCCAAAUUUUGUAAAGAUGGAAACCAUUUGGAAUUUUGCUUAGCAUGAUGAAUAAAAUAUUUAAAAUGCCGUCUCUA